AUUUAUUAUUUGAUUAAAUUAGUUGCAUGUCCCGAAAAUACACAUAUUCAGGGUUAUUUUACCGAAGCAGCUAUAAAGUGUUUAACGGUCGUCUGGCGACCUAAACAGAGCCUAUAUAAGUGAGGCUGACGCCCCCCCCCCCCUCCCGUUUCACUUGGAUCCACCACCAGUUGGUAGACGGCUAAUUAAGCAAAUUAAACGCUCUCGCGCAUCGCGGAAAGUGGCGUCUUUGCCGAUGUUUCCCUCGUCUGGUCUCUUUGCUGACAUAGACUGUCCUCUCUCGAGACGUGGGCUCUGUGAGCGGCCUCACUGUUCGUACAAACAUGCCACACAAGUGCGGGAUGAUGUGUUUGGUGCUUCGUGCGAAUCGGCGAUAGUCCACUCAGCAGGAGACCAAAAUGGCUUCCCAGCUUUUGUCUGUCGAGCACCAGUGAGUGAUGAGACCGGAGAUGACUGCUUCCAGGAGCUGGACCGGAUUAACAAGGAGAUUGAAACUGUAAGGCACGAGGUGGAGCAGGAGCAAAGGCGACUGUCACGCUACCAGACCAUACAGGCAGACAGCAGAAACACUGUGCCUAAUUUUUGCGUUUCCAAGUCUGAGACUGCAGGUAAACUAGUGGACGGAGGUUCGUAUGGACUGUCUUCACGCACAGACUUCACUAAGGCAUACUCCCGAGCAAGGAAGUACGUGGUUGACAACUCAAAACCAAGGACUGAUUUGGAGUAUGACCCCCUGUCCAAUUUUUCUGCAGACUUGCGGUCUUACAGCUCAUCAGGUAAGGAGCAGAAAGUGAAAAAUGGACAAGGUUUGAAAAGGGAAAGAGACGCUGUACCUUUUGACCAAAAGAAGCCAGUCGCUCAUGCUCGGCUUCCCCAAUCGCCAUCUCCAGAGCCACUUGAUGACUCUAAUGAAGACAGCGUCCUGAUUAUUGACAUUCCUCCCACACCUGAGAAAAAAAGAGGUCGAACUCAGAAACUUGUUGACUGUGUUGCUGGCACAUCCCAGGGUACAAUAGAAGAAUUGAAGGAGGUCAAAACACUGCCUGUUUUACUUGAUUCUCCACUGCUGUGCCUUGCAAACACUGAGGUGUGCAAUGACACAUCUCCAUGUGCGUCAAGGGUAGACGCGAAUAAAGUUUCUAAUCAUUGUGGUGAUGAAAACAGUCAAUAUCUGUCUACGCUUUAUGAGAACAAAGGAGGUGAAAAUAUACCCGUGGAUGGGAGUGUAGUUGACGUAACUGGAUGUUUAGAAGAUCUGGGAAGUGAAUGUCAGAAAAUUACUUGUUUUCAGGCUGCUGCAACAGAGGUGGAGAACAGUCCUGAAACUGCAAGUCCUCCUGCCUCCUCAGACCAGCAAGAUCGGAGCUGGAACAAUCCAGGGGUGGAAGCGGAAGAAAACCAGUUUCGGGUUGAAUUGCCUCAGAGUGAGCUGUUCAGUAUUGUUGAGAAAAUGAAUCCAUUUCAGCCACGUAAUUUUCCAUCGAAGACUUCAAGUUUUUAUAAAGCUCCAGCUUCAAACUCAGACUCGCCAUGCAGGCAACACACCAAGCAAGCACAGACAACAGACCAGCCAGCUCAGAACAGAGCUCAUAACCACUGGUCUCCCAAGCAAAGUGUACCAUCAUUGGCGUCAGGCGGCCAGAAAAUGUCGAGCAAAAUGCCAGGGCACAUGCAGGGUGGAGCUAUCAGUAACCAGACCUCAUCUGUAAGAUACCAGGAAAAAGCAGAACCAGCUUCAUCCAAAAACCAGUUUCAAACUCUUUGCCCUUCAUCCACAUCUGUCAACUCAUAUUUGACUGACAGAGUUGAAUCACCAUCUGAAGCCACCGAGCAGCAUUUGGACAAGGCAGAUAAUGAAGAGGUCAUAGUCAUCAUCUCCAGCUCCGAGGAGGAGGAGGAAGAGCUCAACUAUUCAGACGUGGAACUGUCAGAUAGUGACCCAAUGGAAGAAUGCUACAGGAUCUUCAUGGAGGCAAAUGAGAAUAAGGGAAAUGAAGAGCAAACCGGCUUGUCUGUUGGAGUCAUGGACGUGGAGAAGCCGGAGUUAGACGUCACACCCCAAGCGCUUCCAGGAAAGAAGAGGGUGGCUCAUGAAGCCAAACAUACAGAGCAGCCAGCGGCAAAGAGCAGACCUCAGCCCCAGGUUUUGGUCCCCCUGCGUGGGGCAGCAGCUUCAGGAUUUGGCUCACAGUCCUCCAUCCCUCCCAAGAUCCAGCAGGUACAGCAGAGAGCCUCCAUGCUGACUGCUUCAGUAAAAGGGGGUCAGGCUUUUGUUUCCUCCACCUGUCAGAGGCAGCCAGAGACCCAGACUACUGCUUGUCCUCCCACUCAGACCUCUGCAAACACACAACCUGCUCCUGUGCAAAAUGCUUACAUGAACUACCUACCUUUGGGAACUGCUGUGAUUGAAGUAGGCCACAACUUGCACUUGAUCCUCCCAGAGGGCACGUUCCCUCUUCCUGUUACUUCAAGUUCCGGCCCAGUUACUUCAAUGCUGACCCCAGUCAGUCAAAUGCAUACCUCCAGCACUGUCGGUGUGAAACAAACAUACCAUCAAGCUGCACUCACCCCUGUGCAAAGAUAUCGCACAACAGCACCUGUGCUCAUUCCUGCUCCGACGCGGAAACCUUCACUGACGUCUGCUUCGGCACAUUCGAGUCCGGCUGCCUCCACUACUCCUCAACCUGCUUUUCAUGCUGCUGCUGCCAAGUCAGUGCCUACUAAACGUAAAGCUAAGCAGCAGUACGAGACUGCCAAAGACAAAGUGCCGCAUGAUGUCCGACAGCGUUAUGUCAACAUGUUCACAGAGGAGUUCCUUAAAACAACAGCCAAUGUCAAUGCUGCCUUUGAAAAGGCAGUUGCUGAAGAGAGGACUGUGUACAAUCGUAGUGUAAACAAACUCAAAUAUCUGAGUGUUGCAGUGAAUUCACUGAAGAGGCUCAAGAACCAAAGUGCUGUUUCAGCUAAAGAUGAAAAUGAAGUCAACGUCCGAAGAUCAAAAGGAAACAUACCACUUAACUUGAAGAAGUUGAAAGGAGGCGCAGAUGAUAUGGCAUUGUAUGAGAGUUUGAAGGAUUAUCUUUUGACUGAGGAAAGGCUGAUUGAGAGCAACUAUCCUGUUCAGCACCCAGAAAAACCUGGUUCUGCUGCUCUUUUUGCCGACAAUAAGAAAGGGAACACAGACCCCCUCAAGAGGAUCUGUUGCCGAUGUGGGGCUACAUACUCUGUGAGCCAAACAGGCAAACACAUUCGCAAGGAGGAGUGCAACUACCAUUAUGGGAAAGGAGUUGAAAAUAGAGUGCCAGGUGGUGUGGAGACCCGCUACAGUUGCUGUCAAGGAGUCAUGGGAGCACCUGGAUGUCAAGUGUUUAAGUUGCAUGUCCACGAUUCCCUCAGCCUGGAUGGGUUUGUGUCUACCAUCCCCAGACAUCCCUCAGAUACGAGUUGUCCGGGGGUCUACUCCUUGGAUUGUGAAACGUGUUAUACUGUUCAUGGUCUGGAACUGUCCAGAGUGACGAUGGUCAACUCCAGUCUGCAAAUCAUCUACGACACCUUCGUCAGACCCGAUAACGAGGUCAUCGAUUAUAACACCAGGUUUUCGGGCAUCAGUGAGGAAGAUGUGAAGGGUAACAACACUUCUGUCAGAGAGGUGCAGGAGACCUUAUUGAGCUUCAUUAGCGCCGACACCGUUCUGAUUGGACACAGCCUUGAAACAGACCUCUGUGCCCUGAAGUUGCUCCAUGGGAGGGUGGUGGACACAUCAGUGGUUUUCCCCCACCGUCUGGGCCCCCCUCACAAGCUGACCCUCAACAACCUCACUGCUGAAUACCUCCGGAGGAUCAUCCAAGAGAGUGUUUGUGGCCACGACACUGCAGAGGAUGCUGCUGCCUGCAUGGAGCUCAUGUUAUGGAAGGUCAAAGAAGAUGGAAAACUGAAAAAAUGAUGGAAAUAAAACUU